ACAGAAAUCGAGCCCAGAGAACCAUGGGCUGAGUUGGAGCCGCUCCCAUUAGCUCGUGUUUCGUCCGCCCAGACGCAUAUGUUGUGUAACGAGUUAUAUCCUGCCCGGAGCUUUGAGGAGUCCCGUGAGAGACGAUGCCCGUAAACUGCGCUUCCUUCUACACAACUUUUGCAGUGCCUCAAAGGAAAUUGACGGUCGUGGUGUUGAACAUUUUGAAAGUAAGAGGGAUGGGAUCUGAACGACUUGGAUCAAGUUCUUCCAUAUCUGUAUCUUCAACUUUCAGGCAAAAGAAAGAUAAGAAAGAACUGGGAUUGAUGGAGAGCAUCGACGAUUCUCGAAAGAGCAUUGCCAAGGAGGAUACUGUUGAAAGCCAUGAAGGAAUUCAGACUUUAAGGGGUGACUCGAAUAGACUUGAAGCUAUGACUGUGCAAGAACUCCGAACAAUGAUGAGGAGUGUGGGACUCCCUGCCAAAGGUAUAAAACGGGAUCUUGUAUCAGCCUUGAAGCAUUUCCUAGCUAACAAGAAAGAUGCCAGUGCAGGUCAAAGUUCUGUGGCAGUGGAAGAAGAUUCAUCCUCGGUGAUGGAGCCUAUUCAUCCUAGAAAUACACAAUCAAAAAGGAAGGCUGAGAGUUCAUCUACUGGAAAUAAUUCUGAAAAUUUGAAUAUUUCAGAAGCUUCGGGAGCUCAACCAAAGAAAAAUAGAGGAACACCACCAGGGAGUGAGAUUACCAGUCUCGAAAUAAAUUCCAGAACUGUUGUAACAAAACAAAAACUGUUGGUCAAAACCGAUAAGAACCCAUCUCAAGUAAAGAGAAAAGUUUCUUCGGGAAAAGAUGGUGGAACUGCCAAAGGGGUUGGUCUUGCUGUGAAUAGUAAUGAACCUUGGACAGUUCUCGCCCAUAAGAAGCCACAACAUGGAUGGGUUCCGUAUAAUCCACGAACCAUGAGGCCCCCACCUGUUGCUGAUGAUACAAAGUCUAUGAAGCUGAUGUCUUGGAAUGUCAAUGGCUUAAGAGCAUUAAUGAAGUUGGAGGGCUUCUCUGCUCUGCAACUAGCCCAGAGAGAGAACUUUGAUGUGCUGUGUUUGCAGGAGACCAAACUACAGGAGAAGGAUGUGGAGGACAUCAAGCAGCGUCUUAUAGAUGGCUAUGAUAAUAGCUUCUGGACAUGCAGUGUUUCCAAGCUUGGGUAUUCUGGUACUGCAAUUAUUUCACGGAUUAAGCCACUCUCUGUCAAGUAUGGGCUGGGUAUCCAGGAUCAUGACAGUGAAGGACGGCUUGUGACAGUGGAGUUUGAUGCAUUUUACUUAAUAAGUGGAUAUGUUCCUAACUCUGGUGAUGGGUUGAGAAGACUGUCUUACAGGGUUAAAGAAUGGGACCCAUCUCUUAGCAAUUACAUGAAAGAUUUAGAAAAGUCAAAACCUGUCAUUUUGACUGGUGAUUUGAACUGUGCUCAUCAAGAGAUAGACAUUUAUGAUCCUGCUGGAAAUCGUAGAAGUGCUGGGUUUACAGCUGAAGAAAGAGAGUCUUUUGAGGUCAACUUUUUGUCUCGGGGUUUUGUGGAUACCUUCAGACAGCAGCAUCCUGGUGUAGUUGGCUACACCUACUGGGGUUAUAGGCAUGGUGGCCGUGUCGGAAAUAAAGGCUGGCGGCUCGACUACUUCAUUGUAUCAGAAUCCUUAGCAGAUAAAGUUCAUGACUCCUACAUUCUCCCAGACGUAAAUGGUAGUGACCACUGCCCAAUAGGCCUUAUUCUGAAGCUCUAGGUUCAUGGCACCAAAGCUGCUCUUGUGGACAGGUAUGCAUAUAUUAAUUUUUUGUUAUUAUAAGUAGUUUGUUACUAACUUAUGACCCAGACGAACUUGUAUUUUGGUGUUUAAAGUGAAAUUGGCUUUGAAGAAAUUCAUUGAAUGGUGGUGCACUUCAGAAUGCAGUCUGAACCAGUUUGAAAAUUGACUAUAUUCAUCACACAGUA